AUGUCACCUUUCUACCUGCGCACCAGCAAGCUUCGUCUGUCUUCAUUUCAUUUGAAAAGGAAAAAGGACACGACCCACCCGCCCUGGCGCCCGGACCCGCCCGGGAAGGCUAGAUCUUCCAGGCCGCCUAGGCGCCGCCUAGAUCCUCCCAGCCGCCUAGGCGCCUCUAGAUCCUCCAAGGCCGUCUAG